GGCGCUGUCCGCCAGAGUCACGGGGGGCGGGGGGCUGCCAGCCUCCAGCAGCCGACCUCCAGCGGGAGGAGCGAGGCGUCGCCUCCCGACUCUUCCCUUCUCUCCAGACUCCGCGGAACAAAGUAGCGGGAGCCAAACUCCGCUGAUCGGCUGCUGAUGCGUCCCUGACCCGGCGCCACCUACAGCUCAGCAUGGACGACAUCUUCACGCAGUGCCGGGAGGGGAACUCGGUGGCCGUCCGUUUGUGGCUGGACAACACGGAGAACGACCUCAACCUGGGGGACGACCACGGCUUCAGCCCACUCCACUGGGCCUGCAGGGAGGGCCGCGGCGGCGUGGUGGACAUGCUCAUCAUGAGAGGGGCCCGUAUCAACGUGAUGAACCGCGGGGACGACACGCCGCUGCACCUGGCCGCCAGUCACGGCCACCGAGACAUCGUCGCCAAGCUCAUGCAGUGCAAAGCCGACCCCAACACCGUCAACGAGCACGGGAACACGCCGCUGCACUACGCCUGCUUCUGGGGCCAGGACCAAGUGGCGGAGGACCUGGUGGUCAGCGGCGCUCAAGUCUGUGUGUGUAACCGAUAUGGCCAGACGCCGCUGGACAAGGCCAAGCCUCCGCUCAAACAAGUGCUGCAGGAGAAGGCCGAGAAAAUGGGCCAGAACAUGAUGAAGGUGCCCUACAAGGAGACCUUCUGGAAGGGCACCAUGCGGACGCGACCUCGGAACGGCACCCUCAACAAGCAGGCGGGGGUGGACUUCAAGCAGCUCUCGCUCCUGGCCAAGAUCAACGAGAACCAGUCCGGAGAGCUGUGGCAGGGCCGCUGGCAGGGCGAGGAGAUCGUGGUCAAGGUGCUGCAGGUGCGGGACUGGACCACCAGGAAGAGCCGGGACUUCAACGAGGAGCACCCCAAGCUGCGCAUCUUCUCCCAUCCCAACAUCCUGCCGGUCCUGGGAGCCUGUCCGGCGCCUCCCUCCCCUCACCCCAUCAUCAUCGCCCACUACAUGCCGUACGGCUCUCUCUUCAACAUCCUGCACCAGGGCACCACUCUGGUGGUGGACCAAAGCCAGGCGGUCAAGUUCGCCCUGGACAUCGCCGGCGGCAUGGCCUUCCUGCACACGCUGGAGCCCAUGGUGUCGCGGCUGCACCUCAACAGCAAGCACGUGAUGAUCGACGAGGACAUGACGGCCAGGAUCAGCAUGGCCGACGCCAAGUUCUGCUUCCAGUGUCCCGGCCGCAUGUACGCCCCCGCCUGGAUGGCCCCUGAAGCCCUGCAGAAGAGGCCAGAAGACAUCAACCGCAGGUCAGCAGACAUGUGGAGCUUCGCGGUUCUCCUGUGGGAGCUGGUGACCAGAGAGGUGCCCUUCGCAGACCUCUCCCACAUGGAGAUAGGAAUGAAGGUGGCCCUGGAAGGCCUGCGUCCCACCAUCCCACCCGGCAUCUCCCCGCACAUCUGCAAGCUGAUGAGGCUCUGCAUGAACGAAGACCCGGCCAAGAGACCCAAGUUCGACAUGAUCGUCCCCAUUCUGGAAAAGAUGCAGGACAAGUGAGGCCGUGCUCCAUCCUGCAUCUCCACCUGCCUCUGCUGCGCCACUGUAAAUACCCUCGGAUACCCCGCUCUCCUCAGAGACCCCUCUCUGUCCUCAGAGACUCCUCUCUCUCCUCAGAGACCCCUCUCUCUCCUCAGAGACCCCUCUCUCCUCAGAGACCCCUCGCUCCUCAGAGACCCCUCGCUCUUCAGAGACCCCUCUCUCCUCAGAGACCCCUCUCUCUUCAGAGACUCCUUGCUCCUCAGAGACCCCUCUCUCCUCAGAGACCCCUCUCUCUUCAGAGACUCCUUGCUCCUCAGAGACCCCUCUCUCCUCAGAGACCCCUCUCUCUCCUCAGAGACCCCUCUCUUUCCUCAGAGACCCCUCUCUCUCCUCAGAGACUCCUUGCUCCUCAGAGACCCCUCUCUCUCCUCAGAGACUCCUUGCUCCUCAGAGACCCCUCUCUCUCCUCAGAGACCCCUCUCUCUCCUCAGAGACCCCUCUCUUCUCAGAGACCCCUCUCUCUUCAGAGACCCCUCUCUCUUCAGAGACCCCUCUCUCUUCAGAGACUCCUUGCUCCUCAGAGACCCCGCUCUCCUCAGAGACCCCUCUCUCCUCAGAGACCCCUCUCUCUCCUCAGAGACCCCUCUCUCUCCUCAGAGACCCCUCUCUCCUCAGAGACCCCUCUCUCUCCUCAGAGACCCCUCUCUCUUCAGAGACUCCUUGCUCCUCAGAGACCACGCUUCCAGCUUUGUUUGCCUUACUUUAUUUAUAUUUUUGCUGAAAACCAAAGGACGUCAGACCAGAGGAAAACAUAUUUACUGAUGGUGAAAUCUUCCCAUGAACUCUAAUUGGAUUGUUGUGAAAAUAUAUAUAUUUAUAUUCAUUGAAUUAAAUUCAAAUAAUGAAUUGGGGCUUUUUUAAAUCGAACAUGGUUUGAGAUGAAUUUCAUGUUUGAUCAUUCUAUCAUUUUAUUGUUCAGAAACUGACCCAAACUCCUGUGACACUUCUGGACUGUUGGCAUUUCUCUGACUAUCACAUGAAGACGUCAACAUCCACAUUACCAUUGCGAUAAAUGUUUUAUACAUGUGAGGUUUCCGUGUUUUGAUUCAAGGAUGAUCCAGCUGUCUG